CUCUCAUUACUCAGGUUUAGUCGAAACAGUUGCAACUUUACCUUCAACUAGUGAACGUCUUGCGUCAUAAAAUUUAUUUAUGAAUUGUUUAAAUAUUUUUUUUAAAAACAUUUAGUUAUGAAUCCUCAGUUAGUGACUUUAAUUUUUUAUUUUAUACUUUAUCUAAAUUUAAAUGGAUUUUUUGUUACUGCUUCUCCAAUAGUUAAAAUAAAAAAUGGAACUUUGGAAGGUUCAUUUAUGAAAACACGUCGUGGUAGAGAGUUUUUAUCAUUUAGAGGUAUUCCCUAUGCACUUCCGCCAAUUGGUGAUUUAAGAUUUGAGCCACCAAAACCAACAGCUGGUUGGUCAGGUUUGAAGUCUGCCAAUGAAGAUGCACCAAUAUGUACUCAAAGAAAUAUCUACACACACGAUGAUAAUAUCGUAGGACAAGAAGAUUGUUUGUAUUUAAAUGUUUAUACUCCUAUGCUACCCACGAAGGAGAUGAAAGAAAGAGGUAGUAAUUAUCCAGUCAUGAUAUGGUUUCAUGGAGGAGGGUGGGUUACAGGAGCUGGACAUUCGGAAUUUUAUAAUCCGAAAUUUUUCCUCGAUCACGAUGUUAUCCUUGUAACUGUUAAUUUCAGACUGGGGCCUUUAGGUUUUUUGAGUACAGAAGAUAUGGUAUCGCCUGGUAAUCAAGGAAUGAAAGAUCAAGCUCAGUCAAUUCGUUGGGUCAAUGAGAAUAUUGCCGCAUUUGGUGGAGAUCCGAAUCGAGUUACUGUGUUUGGAGAAAGUGCGGGAGGGGCUAGUACUCAUUAUCACAUGAUUAGUCCAUUAUCUCGAGGUUUGUUUAAUCGUGGAAUAUCACAAAGUGGAACUGCUUUGUGUCCAUGGGUACUAACUAGACCCGGUGAAGCCAAAAACAAAGCUACACGUCUUGGUGAAUUAUUAAACUGUCCAACUGAUAAUUCGAUUAAUUUGGUAUCUUGUCUUCGUAAAAAAAAUGCCAUAGAUAUUAUUGCUACAGAUAGAGCAUACCAGAUUUUUGACUAUGAUCCCAUGAUUCCAUUCAAACCAGUAAUUGAACCAAAUCAUCCCGGAGCAUUUUUAAAUGAAGAACCAGCAGAAUCUUUAAAAAAUGGAAAUAUGGCCGAUAUUCCAUGGAUGACAGGAUUUAAUUCACACGAAGGGACUCUUAAAGUUGCAGGUCUGUAUGGAAUUAAAGAGAAAAACUACGUUAAGCAAUUAGAUGAAAACUUUACAGAACUAGCAGCUGUUACACUGAUGUAUCAACAUACAUGUCCAAAAAAAUCUCAUAAAGAUGUUGCUAAAAAAAUUCGUAAAUUUUAUUUUGGAAACAAGCCUAUCGACGAAAACACAAAGUUUGAAGUUAUUGAUAUGUACUCUGAUGCAUGGUUCAACGUCGGAGCUGAUAUGGCUGUUCGAGAUCAUCUCAAUACAUUAUCUAGUCCAGUAUACUACUAUUACCUCACUUACAAAGGAAGUUCAUCAUUUUCUCGAAUAUUUGGGGCUCCCGAAGGAGACUAUGGCGUUUCUCAUGCCGAUGAAUUACAAUAUCUUUUCCCAGUUGGAGAACAAUUAUUUAAAGAUGUAGCUCUUAGUGAAGAAGACCAUCGAAUGAUUGAUACACUUACACAAUUAUGGUUUAACUUUGCUAAGACCGGAAAUCCUACACCUUCAAUUACGCAACAAAUACCUCUUAAAUGGAAACCAGUAAGAACUGAGGCUCUUGAAUACCUUCUUAUUCCAGAUUCACAAAAUUUAAAAAUGUCAAAGUAUCUUUUAAAAGAAAGAAUGGAGUUUUGGGCAAGCAUACCACAUCGUGAUAAUGUUAUUAUAUCGAAAAAAAUAUCUUAUACUAAAGAUGAGUUGUAAAAUAUUUAAACCUUUUCAGUGCAACAGAAAAAAAAAUCAUAAAAUUUUUUUAUAAUUACUAACGAUAAUUUUGUUACUACUGAACAAUAAAUUUUAUAAUAAAUAAUUAUGAAAAUAUAUUAUUAUAAUAACUGACAAUAAAUAUAGGUAAAGUGUAAAUCCCAGUACACAAAGUUUUGCUAGACUUUCACUUGGCUAAAGCGUAUUGACCUUCCACAGCAAAUAAUAUGUUUAUAUAAUACUGAUUAUAAUAAAUAAAUGCUAAGAAUAUUUUAAUAUUCUAUAAGUGUCAAACUUCAAUUAAAUAAUAAAAUUAUCUAAAACAAAGUUAAAUGUAUUAAUACUAACCUAAUAAAAUUUUUUGUUGAUUUUAA